AAUAUCAGAUUAGAGGUCAAGUCACUUACCAGUCCCACCAAAUUACAAUCCGAUCCAACUAAAUUAACCCGCCUCAAAAUUGACCCGACCCACUUCCCUUUUAACCCAAAACCAGUCAGCGCCUUUGUCUUCUGCACUGUUCCGGCGAAGAGCUUCUAGCUCCGGUGAACCGGAGCAACUAGCAACGUGGAUCUUGUUCUUUUCAGGCUGACAGUACAAUUGAAUCCAUGGCAUCUUCUUCCUCUUUUGCGAGUAAUUCACAAAACUGUCCUCGAUGGAAGUACGAUGUCUUUUUAAGUUUUAGAGGUGAAGAUACUCGAAAAACAUUUACGGGUCAUUUUUACGAAGGUUUGAAAAAUAGGGGAAUAUUCACCUUUCAAGAUGAUAAAAGGCUAGAGCAUGGAGAUUCCAUCCCAAAAGAACUCUUGAAAGUUAUCAAAGAUUCUCAAGUUGCACUCGUCGUUUUCUCAAGGAAUUAUGCUACAUCGAGGUGGUGCUUGAAUGAACUAGUGAAGAUCAUGGAAUGCAAGGAGGAAAAAAAUGGACAAAUAGUCGUACCAAUCUUCUAUGAUGUGGAUCCAUCACAUGUUCGAUACCAAAGUGAGAGCUUUGCAGAAGCAUUUGCCAAACAUGAAGUAAGGUAUAAGGGUGACGGUGAUGAGGGGAUGCAGAAGGUGCAAGGAUGGAGGAAUGCCCUAACUGCUGCCGCAGAUCUAAAAGGAUAUGAUAUCCGUGACGGGAUCGAAGCAGAGUAUAUUCAACAGAUCGUUGAUCACAUCUCUUCCAAAUUAUGCAAGAGUGCUUAUUCUUUAUCUUCGUUGCAAGAUGUUGUGGGAAUAAAUGCUCAUUUAGAGAAACUAGAAUCCCUACUUCAGAUAGAAGUCAAUGAUGUUCGGAUCGUAGGGAUUUGGGGAAUAGGUGGAGUUGGUAAAACGACUAUAGCAAAAGCCAUCUUUGAUACUCUAUCUUGUCAAUUUAAAGCUUCUUGUUUUCUAGCAGAUGUUAAAGAAAAUGCAAAUUAUAAUCAACUGCAUUCUUUACAAAAUUCCCUUCUCUCUGAACUGUUAAGAAAAAAAGAUGAUUACGUCAAUAAUAAGUAUGAUGGAAAGUACAUGAUUCAGAGUAGACUUUGUUCUAUGAAGGUGCUAAUUGUGCUUGAUGACAUAGAUCAUGGUGAUCAUUUGGAGUAUUUAGCAGGUGAUGUUGGUUGGUUUGGUAAUGGCAGCAGAAUUGUUGUAACAACUAGAAAUAAACAUUUGAUAGAGAAGGAUGAUCCAAUAUACGAAGUGUCUACACUAUCUGAUCAAGAAGCUAUUCAAUUGUUCAAUCGACAUGCUUUCAGAAAAGAAAUUCCAGAUGAACGUUUUAUGAAGUUCUCGUUGGAGGUAGUAAAUCAUGCUAAAGGCCUUCCUUUAGCCCUCAAGGUGUGGGGUUCUUUGUUGCAUAAUAAAGGCCUAACUCAAUGGACUAGCACUGUUGACCAAAUUAAGAAAAACUCCAGUUUAGAAAUUGUUAAAAAGCUCAAAGUAAGUUAUGAUGGUUUAGAGCUUGAAGAGCAAAAGAUAUUUCUAGAUAUAGCAUGUCUCUUACGAGGAAAAAGAAAAAAAAUAGUCACGCGAAUCCUUGAGAGCUGUGGUUUUGGAGCUGAACAUGGAUUGGAUGUCUUAAUUGACAAAUCUCUUGUGUUCAUCUCCAAAAAUGAUGAGAUUGAGAUGCAUGAUUUGAUUCAAGAUAUGGGUAGAUAUGUGGUAAAAAUGCAAAAAGAUUCGGGAGAACAAAGCAGACUCUGGGACGUUGAAGAUUUCGAAGAAGUGAUGGUCAACAAUACUGGGACCAAGGCAAUGGAAGCAAUCUGGAUAUAUAAUGUUAAAAAGCUAUGCUUUACUAAAAAAGCCAUGAAAAACAUGAAAAGGCUUAGAUUAUUAUCCAUCUUCGGUUUUCAGGCCUGUGAUGACUCCAUUGAAUACCUGCCCAACAACUUGCGCUGGUUUGUCUGUCGUAGUUAUCCUUGGGAGUCAUUCUUAGAAAACUUUGAACCUAAAAAGCUUGUUUAUCUUGAUCUCCAGAGCAGUUCGCUGUGUAAAUUAUGGACUGGAGCAGAGCAGCAUUUGCCGUCUUUGCGAGAGCUAGAUCUCAGCUACUCUAAAAGCCUGAUGCGAACACCAGAUUUCACGGGGAUGCCAAAUUUGGAGUAUUUGUAUCUGCGUAAAUGUAAGAAUCUUGAAGAGGUUCACCAUUCCGUGGGAAGUUGCAGAAAACUCGUUCAUUUAUGUUUGACUUGUUGUAAACGCCUUAAGAGGUUUCCGUGUGUUAAUGUGGAAUCUAUUGAACGUCUUUACCUAGAUGAGUGCUAUGGUUUAGAGAAAUUUCCAGAAAUCCUCGGAAGAAUGAAGUCAGAGUUAGAGAUCAGGAUAAACUGGUCUGGGCUAAGGGAAAUACCAUCAUCUAUUAUUCAGCAAUACGCAUGCCGUCUUACAAAGUUAAAUUUGAGUUCUAUGCAAAACCUUGUAGCUCUUCCAAGCAGCAUUUGUAAGUUGAAAGGUUUGCUGAAGCUAGAUGUGUCGUUCUGCUUUAAACUUGAAAGCUUGCCAGAAGAGAUUGGUGAUUUAGAAAACUUGGAGGAGCUUGAUGCCAGCUAUACCCUAAUCUCACGACCUCCGUCUUCCAUCAUCUGCUUGAACAAGCUUAAAUUGUUGACUUUUUCCAAACAAAAUUUACAAUGCGGAGUGUCCUUUGUGUUCCCUGAGGUGAAUGAAGGGUUACGCUCAUUGGAAGAUCUGGAUCUCAGGUACUGCAAUUUAAUAGAUGGAGGACUUCCGGAAGACAUUGGAUGCUUAUCCUCGUUGAAAAAAUUGUAUCUCAACAGAAAUAACUUUGAGUAUUUGCCUCAAAGCAUAGCCCAACUUAGUGCUCUUCAAUCGUUGGACUUGUCAGAUUGCUACAGGCUGAAAGAGUUUCCAGGUUUCAUGGGGAUGCUAAACUUGAAUACUUUGAAACUCAAUGGCUGCAAUUUAAUAGAUGGAGGACUUCCAGAAGACAUUGGAUGCUUAUCCUCUUUGAAAGAGUUGAAUCUCAGUGGAAAUAGUUUUGAGUAUUUGCCUCGAAGCAUAGCCCAGCUUGGUGCUCUUCGAUCCUUGGACUUAUCAGAUUGCAAGAGGCUUACACAGCUGCCAGAAUUUCCACAGCAGCUACAUACAAUCGAUGCAGAUUGGAGAAAUGAUUUGAUCUGUAAUUCGUUGUUUCAGAAUAUCUCAUCAUUACAGCAUGACAUUUGUCCAUCAGAUUCCUUAUCAGUAAGAGUGUUCACCUCUGAGGGGGAUAAUAUACCAAGAUGGUUCCACCAUCGGGAAGAUGGUAGAAUUAUAUUUGUCAAUUUGCCUAAAAAUUGGUAUGUACGUGACAACUUCUUAGGAUUUGCUGUAUGUUUCUCUGGCCAAUUUAUUGAUGGCAUAGCUCACUUGUUCUGUUAUCAUGGGAGGCCGGUGACGUGUAUCGCCCAGAAACUUGCCUUAUCCACUUCCAUUCCUUCAGAAUAUCUUCAUAAACAUGGUAUUCAUUUUUUCUUGGUACCUCUUACUGGCUUAUUGGAUAAAUUGAAGGCAAAUGGAAAAACACCAAAUGACUUUGGGUGCAUUAAGUUAACUUUUCCUGAAGAAGCGAAGAAGUGUGGACUUCAUUUGUUGUAUAAACACCAUCACUCUGUGACCAGAAUCUGUCGAAUACUCUGCAAACUGGGAUCAUGGUACUUUGAGAACAACAUCAGUGAACUCCAGCGUAUGAAGGACACAUGUUUCUUCUGUUUGAUUGAAUCAGAAUGUAUCCGAGAACUUAUAGACGAUGUUUCUUCCAAAUUAUGCAAGACUUCUUCAUCUUAUUUGCAAGAUAUUGUGGGAAUAGAUACUCAUUUGGAGAAAGUAAGAUCCCUGCUAGAGAUGGAAACUAAUGAUGUUCGGAUUUUGGGGAUCUGGGGAAUGGGGGGAGUCGGUAAAACGACUCUAGCAAGAGCUGUUUUUGAUACACUCUCACCUCAGUUUCAGGGUGCAAGUUUCCUUGCAGAUGUAAAAGAAACUAACACAGAUGAAAUGCAUUCUUUACAAAAUAUCCUUCUCUCUGAACUGUUAAGGGAAGACAAAAAAUAUGUGAAUAAUAAGGAGGAAGGGAAGCGUCUGAUGGCUCAUAGAUUUCGUUUUAUGAAGGUUCUAGUUGUGCUUGAUGACAUAAAUCAUUAUGAUCAUUGGGAGUAUUUAGCAGGGGAUCUUCGUUGGUUUGGCAGUGGGAGCAGAAUUAUUGCAACAACUAGAAACAAGCAAAUUAUAGGAAAGAAUAAUGUAGUAUAUGAAGUGACUACACUACUCGGACAUGAUGCUAUUCAGUUGUUCAAUCAUUAUGCUUUCAGCGAAGCUCCAGAUGAGCAUAUUAAGGAGCUGGCGUUGGAGGUAGUAAGUCAUGCUAAAGGCCUUCCUUUAGCGUUGAGAUUGUGGGGGAUUUGGUUGCAUAAUCAAGAUACAACUAUGUGGAGAGAAGUUGUAGAUAUGAUAAAGAGAGAAUCUAGUCCAGACAUUGUUAAAACCCUCAAAAUAAGUUUUGAAGGUUUGCAGGAUAAAGAGAAAACGAUAUUUCUAGAUAUCGCAUGCUUCUUUAGAGGGAUGAGGAAAGAUGAGGCCAUUGAAAUUCUUGAGAGCUAUGAUUCGGGGGCCCAUAUCAGAUUGCGCGGUCUAAUUGAGAAAUCUCUUGUAUUCAUCACUAUAUAUGAUACAAUUCAAAUGCAUGACUUAAUUCAAGACAUGGGUAGAUAUGUAGUGAAAAAACAAAAGGAUUCCGGAAAAUGUAGCAGAAUAUGGAAUGCUGAAGAUUUCGAAGAUGUGAUCGUCAACAGCACUGUGACCAUGGCACUGGAAGCAAUCUGGUUUACUAAUCCUGAAGAAGUAUACUUAAGCAAAGACGCAAUGAUAAAUAUGCAAAGGCUUAGGAUAUUACGGAUACUACGUCCAUGGGGUUCCCAAAGUGAUUUAAAAGAUGACUCUAUUGAGUACCUUUCCAACAACUUGUGUUGGUUUGUCUGGUAUGGUUAUCCUUGGAAGUUAUUGCCAGAAAAUUUUAAUCCGAGAAGGCUUGUUCAUGUUGAUCUCCGAUGGAGUUUAUUACAUUAUUUAUGGAACGAAACAAAGCUGCAGCAAUUUAUGUCUCUACGAUGGAUAGAUCUAAGUGAAUCCAAAAGCCUGAAGAGAACACCUGAUUUCAAGGGGAUGCCAAAUUUGGAGUAUUUGAAUCUAAGGAAAUGUACGAGUCUUGAAGAAGUUCAUCCUUCCCUCAAGUAUUGCAAAAAACUGAUUGAGUUAAAUUUGUCUUUUUGUACCAAACUUGAGAGGUUUCCAUAUGUUAAUGUGGAAUCUCUUGAAUCUGUGAAUCUAAGCUUCUGUUGUAGUUUAGAGAGAUUUCCAGAAAUCCUUGGAAUAAGGAAGCAGGGAACUGCCAUAAAGAUUAGGAUGUCAUACUCUAGGAUAAGGGAACUGCCAUUUUCUUUCUUUGAUCUCCAACCUCAUCUUACAGAGCUACAUUUGAAUGGUAUGGAAAACCUUGUAUCACUUCCAAGCAGCAUUUGUAAGCUGAAAGUCUUGGUGAAGCUGAAUGUGUCCAACUGCUCAAAACUUGAAAGCUUGCCAGAAGAAAUAAGUGAUUUAGAAAACUUGGGGGAGCUUGAUGCCAGUUAUACUCUAAUCUCACGACCUCCGUCUUCCAUCAUCCGGUUGAACAAGCUUAAAUGGUUGAAUUUUGAAAAUAAUAAAUCAGACGAUGAAGUGAACUUCGUGUUCCCUCCCGUGAGUAAAGGGUUACGCUCAUUGGAAUAUCUGGAUCUCAAUUACUGCAAUAUAAUAGAUGGAGGACUUCCGGAAGACAUUGGAUCCUUGUCCUCUUUGAGAUACUUGCUUCUCGAGAGUAAUAAUUUUGAGCAUUUGCCUCAAAGCAUAUCCAAACUUGGUGCUCUUCGAUACUUGGAAUUAUUAGAUUGCAAGAAGCUUACACAGCUACCAGAAUUACCACAGCAAUUAGACAUAAUAGAUGCAGAUUGGAGCAAUGAUCGGAUAUGUAACUCGUUGUUUCAGAAUAUGUUAUCAUUGCAGCAUGACAUCUAUUCUUCACAUUCCUUGUCACUAAGAGUGUAUGGGAGUUUGGAGGAGGAUAUCCCAAGUUGGUUCAACUAUCAGGGAAGGGGCACAAGUGUAUCAGUCAAUCUGCCUGAUAAUUGGUAUGAACCGGAUAAGUUCUUGGGGUUUGCUGUAUGUUACUGUGGCGAAUAUUCUUUUGAUUGCAUCACAGCUCAUUUGAUUCCCUUAUGUGAUGAUGAUGGGAUGUCGUCAAUGGCCCAGCAAUUUGCCUUAUCCAACCAUUUAGAUGAAUCUGUGAUUAUUUUUUUGUUGGUACCUCUUGGUGGCUUAUGGGAUGCAUCUAAUGCAUAUGAAAAAACACCAAAUGACUAUGGCUGCUUUCGGUUAUUUGCCCCUGGACAAAUAAAGGAAUAUGGAGUUCGUUUGUUGUAUAAAGAUGAAGCUGAGCUUGGGAUUGGGAUAAGGAAGUGCAGAUAUGAAGAAGAGGCCACUUGCUCCUCUUCUAAGAAACAAAGGUCACAAGUAGAUUAAAUAUAGGUAAUUAAAUUGUGCUCUCUCUUUAACAAAGUGCAGAUGAAUGGAAAGACAUUUUUAUUUUAAUUACAAAGUGUCACACUCUUUUUCUAUUUUAACAAGUGCAACAAACACAUUUCUGAAAAUAAUGUAAUCUAAGCAAAGAAACACUGCUACAUAUAAUGUUUAUCCUCUUUGGAAGGGUUGUAUCUCAAGGGAAAUAAUUUUGAGCAUUUGCCUCAAAGCAUAUCCGAACUCGGUGCUCUUCGAUUGUUGGUAUUAUCAGAUGGCAAGAGGCUUACACAGCUGCCAGAAUUUCCACAGCAAUUACUCACAAUAGAUGCAGAUUGGAGCAAUGCUUCGAUCCGGUUGUUUCAGAAUAUCUCAUCAUUGCAGCACGAUAUAUCUGAUUCACAUUCGUUAUCACUAAGAAUGAUUACUAUUGAGCAUCAUGGGACAAAGAUCCCAAGUUGGUUCCACCAUCGGGGAACACAUAAAACUGUAUCAGUCAAUUUGACUGAAAAUUGGUACGUACAUGAUAACUUCUUGGGAUUUGCUGUAUGUUACUCUGGCAGGAUAACUAAAACCAAAGCAUACCUGAUUCCCUUAUGCAAUCGGAUGUCGUGGAUGAUCCAGAAUUUAUCCUUAACCAAGCAUCGGAAGUACCAUACAGAAACUUUGCAGCUCUUUCCGACAAGCCUAACUCUUGAUUUUGGUGGUGAAAUUGUUUUCUCUCUCUCUCUCUCUUUAUGUAAUUCUCUCCUUCUGUUAGCUACUGAGUCUUCUUUCAUAACCGAUAAGUUUUUAUUUUCGUUCGUCUUUCUCCUAUUGGCAGGAGCUCACCAAAUUAAUCCUCCAUCUUGUCUCCGUUUGUGCUGAGCCAUCAUUAACCGUGGUGUUAUAAGUUCACAGAAAAAAAGCAAAGUGUAUUUCCCAAAGGUAGCAACUGAUCCAUGGCUUUAAAACUUACUACUACUUCAUUUUGGUGCUCUCUCAAAGAGGCGUGAGACAGGAGUGAAAUUGAGUGCAAACUGGGGCCAUGAGAACAACAACGCUGGUAACUCCGCCUAUGAAGGACACACUUUUCCUCUGUUUGUAACAGAACAACUAGUAAUUUGUUGUUUCAAAAUAUCUCAUCAUUGCCGCAUGACAUUUCUGCUUCAGUCACUAAGAGUGUUUACCACAAAGGGGAAUAUCCCAAAUUGGUUCCACCAUCCGGGAAUUGGUAGAAUUGUAUCAGUCAAUUCGCCUGAAAGUUGGUACGCUAGUUAUAACUUUGUGAAUCUGAACUGCAACAAAAUUAGUCAUAGUAUGUAUAGCUGUUCUUAACUCAACUCCUCAUUCGAUCCGAUCUUCAAGGGAGGGAAAAUGUCUGUAUGGAGUAUGGCUGGAGAUUCUAACAUUAGAUUAGGUCACACAAAUCAUUGUUCUCUUAUGUCACGAGAUUGACUAGCUCACAAGUUUUUUAUUAUAUAUUUUUAUGUAUAUGAAGGUCUUGAAUAUCGUUGGAGUCGUGGAUGUUGUCAGCAGAGAAGGGACUCAUCGAGCUGCAACGAUACAGUAAGGACUCUCACUAUUUUAUUACAUGUAACUACUCAAAUCUAAGGAGCUGUCUGUCUGUUGUCUAACUUGUUGACUUCAAUCUUUAUGAAAACAAUAAUUAGUAACACUGCAUAUGAACGUCUUUGUUCAAAAUUUAAGCUGGUAGCUCCUCUCUUUUUUUCCCCAUUGUUUUUAUUUGCUUAGGUUAGAGUAUUACUCCAUAAAGAUAUUUGAUGUUCCUGAUUGAAGAAGAGGAGGAAGUUGUGUUAAUUACAAGAAUGUUAUGACUUGCUAAUUUCUUUGAUUUUAUCUAAUAAUAAUAUUUCAUUACUCGCUUGAA